GUCCACUUAUUCGGAUGUUAAACUGCUCACUAGUGGUGGAAGAAGAGUGUAACAAGCACAUGUAAAAUUCAAGAUGACCGACAACCCACCCAAACAUUCAGAUGGCUCCUCCCAAUCCAAAAGUCGACCAGUGUUAUUCUCUGCAACAAGUAAUGGAAAUGGUGGAGACAACUCCGAGGUGGAGGAUUUAUCAGACAUCGAUUAUCCUGUGGGAGAUGCUGAAUUCCAACCUCCUCCCACCAGCAGUGAGGAAGACAGUAGUGGGUGUGAAGACCCCGUGUCACAGCCCUGUCAGCCUAUCACGGGAAGCAAACGUUUGCGCGAGGAAUACGAGGGAUAUUGGUCAGAUCGCGACAUUGCUACAUUACGCACCCCCAGGCGUCGCUCUCAGACACCGCAGGAAGAGACUGAUGUUUCAGGCAAUGUCUCUAAAGAUACAACACCAGGACCCAGCCUUGAAGAACAGUCCAACAAAGGGCGUGGAAUGCGAUGGAAUGCUUCUUCGCUUACCCCACAUCAAGCUCCGUUUGACCACGAGAAGGAAACUGUUCAUGACAGAGAAGGCUGGACCCCACUGGACUACAUACAACAGUAUAUUGACAAAGAUUUGAUCAAAAUAAUUGCAGAUUGCUCAAAUGCUACAUCACUGUCUAGAAGUGGAAAUCCACUCAACACAACAGCUGAUGAAAUGUUUAAUUUUUUUGGUGCCUGUAUUUUGAUGUAUUGUGUACCAUAUCCUGCAAUCAAGCUGUACUGGUCUAAAUCCUUGAGAUUCCCUGCCAUCACUGAAAAGUUCACACGUGACAGAUUCUUCCGACUGAGGAGGUCACUCAAAGUGCUCAUUAAUGAGGAUGUUCCAGAAGAUCUGAAAGAGUGUGACAAGUUCUGGAAGGUGAGGCCUUUUCUCAACCGCAUUCUGAAAGGCUGCAAAUCCCAGGCUCAGCCACAGCCAUUGAUGAACAGAUGAUUCCAUUCACAGGAGCUUGUCCAUGUCGACAAUAUCUGCCGAUGAAACCAAACCCAGUUGGCAUCAAAAACUUUGGUUGCGCAACAUCAGAUGC